AGUUCUUGUGCUAAAAAUUAUAUGGAAUGAAGUUCGUUUUUUAUACAUUAUAUAUAUAUGUACACGUAUAUUAUAGAUACAUAUGAAAAAGAGAUCUUUAAUUAUAACGAACUAAAAUAUAUAUAAAAUAAUUAAAAUAUCUAAUAAAAUUAUCUUACUUUUAACAAUUUUUGAUAUUUUAUUCUUUGUUUAUUCUCUAGAAAACAAUAGUCUGUAUUACAUAUAUUAUAGCACUAAUGUAAUAUAUUGAAGAAAAAUCACUAUAAAAUUACCAUAUGUGUAAUUAUAUUAUACAUUAUACAUUAUAUACAAUAUCAUUGGUGAAAAAAGUAUUGUGAUUAUCUUAUUGGAGUACGUAAGUUUUGUAAAUUUGCACUAGAAACUAACCAAUAUAAAAAAAAAUGGAAAUAUUUUCAUUAUUGCUGAAUUUAAUUUUAUGAUUCAAUGAAUAUUUUAAAUAAAUUCAGAGAAAUAAAGUUUGAUAAUAAAAUAAAUUUAAUAAAAAAUUUAUUAAAACUAAUAAAAAAUAAUAAACGUUAUAAAUAGCUAAAUCUUUUAAACAUUAGUAGUAGACUGUCAAACCACUUGCACUACAGUGUAUAAAUGUGCACAUUCCGUUAAUAUCAUUCGAUAAAUAAGUUUUAAAAUAUAUUAAUAUUAUUAAAAUGAUUUGAUUUUUUAUUAUAUCAUAAAAGAUAUAGAUGUAUAUAUCAUUUUAAUAAUGCAGACGAUAUAUAUUUGUAUAAGUUUGUUAAUCAGCAUAUCACUAGCUCUUGGGUCAUCAAAAUUUCAGAGCGAACUUGAUUAUGAUGGCUGGUUGCAAUUACGAUUGUGGCACGCAUUUAACGAUGAACCAGAGCCGAUUUUCAUAGAACGAGGUAAUAUUACAGUAUCAAGUGUUCGUAGCGGUGCCUCUGUUAUUGGACAAAAUGGAUUGUUGCAAUCCCAUAUAAAUGAAUUAAAAAAUCUUGCCAAAAAUGAUGGCAAAUAUAGGCUUAAAGCAGUAGCUCGAACUUCUUCAGGAAAUGAAAUAACAUUUUUAUCUUCUGUACCUGCGUGUUAUCUUCUUGGUUCUGAUCUUGAAGAUGUCAUAACAAUUUGGCUAGAUAGUGCAGCAGAACCAAUAGUCGUCAGCAUAUCAUCACCUGGCCCUUGCAAUAUAGAAAAUCCAUUUACAAACAUGUGGACAACUAAUGUUGUCGUUAAAUAUCCUGAUGGUGGACCAGUUCCAGACACUGCUACAUAUAUUCAAAAACUUGAACGUGAAAGAGAAGCAAGAGAAAGAGGAGAGGCAAAAGAUAAUAGAUCUUUCCUUGCAAGAUAUUGGAUGUACAUUGUUCCUGCAUUGAUCUUUGUUAUUCUAUCAUCUGCAACAAAUCCAGAAGCUGGAGGAGCAGCAGGUGGCAGUGCUCAAAGACAGUAACUUAAAGUGUCUGUGGUGCCUCCAAGAGUGCUUGUGUUGAAUCUUUUAUUUAUAAACUUACAAUAUACUUUCAUAAUUACAAUUGUAAAAAUAUAAUUGUAUCUUUUUCUGAAUAAAUUCUAUGAUUUAAUUAAA